AUGAAUUUAUCAGAGUCUACCUCGGAUGUCUAUCUCUAUGGAUAUGAAGCCAUCGACGAACGUUAUCCGAAGCACUCAUCAGACGCCUCCUUUGCGCACGCCAAUUCUCAAUAUCCCUCCGUCGUGAUCGAGACGUCAUACUCACAGCACCAGAAAGAGUUGACGAGGCUGGCUGAUGAAUAUGUGUCCGGUUCCGACGGAAACAUUGCUAUGGUCCUUGGGCUUGAUAUUGAAUACGGCGUUGGGUCGAAGAAGGCGUCGCUAUUCAUCUGGCGAUCUCGAUUAGUAUCAGUUCCGGAGAAGGAAGAAGCCGUUCUUCUGGAGACGUUCAGUGUUCGGGAAGUAGAUGUAUUUCGUGCCGACGACGGAACUACCGUUCCGGGGCAAGGACUGUCCCUUCAGCUCUAUGAUUUUGCGUUAAAAUCUUGCUUCGCCAAUAUAGCUCAACAAACGCAGAGUACGACUGUCGUUCGGAUCACAUGCGCGCAACUCUGUUCCUUCCUAUAUGACGCCGAGAUCAGACACGAUAUUAAACGAGCGCAACGAGGUGUAUAA